CUAUUGCUCAUUUGUUCCCAUUUGAAACGACAGGCUGUGGUCUAUCUUGGUUUAGUUAUACACAUCUUUGCAAUAUCCGAACCGUGCUAGGCAGACUAUUGUGAAAAGGGUAUUCUAUAAACUUCUACAAAUAGCAAAUACAUAACCAUGGAAAACAAAAAAAUCCCUGUCCUGUGCAUGUCAAUGGGCACCUGAGGAGGUAGUGGCAUUGUUAACACGCUGGGCAAACGGGAGUGUUCAAGAGCAGCUUCUCUCCGCAGUGAGAAACGAGAGAGUCUUUAUCAAACUUAGUUCAGAGCUUGAUGCCAUAAGCUUCAUCAAAACAUAGACACAGUGUAGGUGGAAAAUAAAGAUGCUGAAACAGGAAUAUAAAAAAAUCAAGGACGACGAAAACAAGAAUGCCUCCACCGGUCUUAGAAGAAGAUGGUUUGCCAUCAUGGAUAGUGUCCUCGGUCACCAACCAAGUGGUACCUUAUUGGAGUCUGGCUUGGUAAUGAAUUCUCAAAAUAUUUUGGAGUCCACGCCUGAUGCCCCACCAGAGGAGGAAGAUCCCGACAAGUCACCAUCCAGUUGGAUGCCUGAUGAGGUCCACAGUCUCUUUAGUCACCGUUCAGGGACUUCAGGGUCUGGCAGGAUAAAUUCAGCUUCUAGGCUGUUGGAGUCUGCUGAUUCCCCACAAAAAGCGGAAGAUUAUGAUGAAUCUCCAUUCCGCUGGACGCCUGAGGAGGUCCAUGCAUUGUUAAGACUCUGGGCAGACAGGAGUGUUCAGGAGCAGCUUCUCUCAUCAGUGAGAAACGAGAGCGUCUUUACCAAACUUAGUUCAGAGCUCGCUGCCCUGGGAUUUAACAGGUCGUCAAAGAGGUGCAGAGAGAAAAUAAAAAAGCUGAAACAAGAGUAUCAUAAAAUCAAGGACAACAAUAAGAAGAGGAGCUACAACCGCCGUAGAGAAAGAUGGUUUGCCAUCAUGGAUAGUGUCCUCCGUCACCAACCAAGUACUUUGGUAAUAGAUUCAGAUGGAAAUAUAUUGGAGUCAACUCAACCUAAUUCCCCACAAGAAGUGAAAGAUUCUGACAAAUCUCCAUCCAGUUGGACACCUGACAAGGUCCAUGGUUUCCUUGGUCACCGACUUGGAACCUCAGCUACUAAGAUAGAUUCACCUACUAUGCUGUUGGAGUCGAAUGAUUCCCCUCUAGAAACAGAAUAUUAUGGUCAUCUAGUCAUGUCUUUCUGAACCUUUUUUACAGACUCAAUGUCUGCUAACGAUCUGAGGGACCAGACAGUAAAAUAGUCAAUGAGAAACAAACAACAAAAACAUAAACGAAACAUACAAGUGUUGGUCCCAUGUUUCAUGAGCUGAAAUAAUAGAUCCUAGUAAUUUUUUCCAAAUGCACAAAAAGCUUAUUUCGCUCAAAUUUGAUCAACAAACUUGUUUGCCAAGAUUUUCCACACACCUGACAGGUGUGGCAUACAGUGCCUUGCGAAAGUAUUCGGCUCCCUUGAACUUUGCGAGCUUUUGCCACAUUUCAGG